UCGGAACACGGUGUCUCGGUAGGGUUCUAAUUUUCCCUCUCUUUCUUGGGAAAAAGUGAGCGAGGAAGAUGGAGAAUCACCCGCCGAACAGAGGAAUGUGGAAUCAAGAGAACAGUCAUACGACUCGGAUCUCUCAGUGCUUCAGGAUCGCGAAAAGGCCAUCUGAGAAUGCAGCUAACUCCUCCACUCCUUUUCCUAAAAGAAACAAGGAAUCGAUGGGUAGUGAAUCCAUUUCUCACAAUUCUAGCUUCAGAAGGACCCCUCUUAUGGAGUUAUCAGGGAAUACACCUCACAAACGCUUUAAAACAGGGUUCGAGUCAUCUCAUGUUGGUAUGAGCAUCCCUUCUCCUGAUUUUAGUCUGGAUAAGGAGGUCUUAGAUGCAUCUCGUUCUGAGGUUUCUGCGGAUCACAGAGUUUCAUCAGACCCAUUUGUUACUCCUCUGAAGGACGAGUCAGAAAGAGUUACACUAAGCUAUGGUGGUGGUUGCUCUACUUCUUCACUUCUUGAUGAUGAGAUUGAUGAUUCCAUUUUGGAAGAGAUUGACGCUAUCUGUGAGCAGUCAGUGAGAAAAGCAGCAUGUCAAACUCCAAACACCAGCAUGACUGAGGCUCCUUCCAGAGAUUAUCAGAGCAAUUCUUCACUUCUUGAUGAUGAAUUUGAUGAUUCCGUUUUGGAGGAGAUUGACGCUAUCUGUGAACAGUCAGCGAGGAAAAUAGCUUGUCAAACUCCAAGUACCAGCAUGACUCAGACACCGUCUAAAGAUAAUAAAAGCAGUGACCUUGAGGGUGGAUUGGAUUCUAGGGGUGUUAAAAUGUCUGAGCCAGACUCCGAGGUCAAGUUAGAGUAUGAAGAGGCUACCGUUGCUGCUGAUCCUGCAUUGAUCACUAGCAUGCCUGAGGAGUGUUCAAAAUAUAUGCAGUCUUUGAAUGAUAGACAGCGUGAUGCUGCCUGUAGUGAUAUUUCAACUCCUUUAAUGGUUAUUGCUGGUCCUGGAAGUGGAAAGACUUCCACCAUGGUUGGCCGUGUCUUAGUGUUGCUCAAUGAGGGUCUACAGCCAUCAAAUAUCCUUGCAAUGACUUUCACUACAGCGGCAACCGCUGAGAUGAGAGAGCGUAUAGGAAAAUCUGCUGGAAAGAAAGCAGCCAAAGAAAUAACAAUCAGCACAUUCCAUUCAUUUUCCUUGCAGCUUUGCCGGAUGCACGCAGACAAGUUACAACGUACAUCUGAAUUUUCAGUGUAUGGACAUGGGCAACAAAGAAGAGCAAUUAUUGAAGCAACGCGUUUAUAUGAGGAGGGGAAGAACGGAAACAGUACAUCAGGUGCAUGUGAAUCUGCGGAAGGUCUGAGUGGAGCCGGUGCUGGAGCAGUGUGUCCUGAAUAUGCCAAGGAUAGAUCAAAGAAAUGGCAAAAAUAUGUGACCCAGGCAAAGGCUUCCGGUAGAACUCCGGAGGAGUGCCGUAAGAUGGGCAAUGAGAUUGGAGCAAAAAUUCUUGGAAACUACAGUGAUAUCCUUAAAGCUUGUGAUGCUCUGGACUAUCAUGAUUUGAUUAGUUGUUCGGUCACCCUGCUCUCCGACUUUCCUGAAGUAUUUAAGGAAUGCCAAGACACCUGGAAAGCCAUCAUAGUUGAUGAAUUCCAGGACACUAGCACAAUGCAGUACAAGCUUCUACGAAUGCUGGGAUCUCAUAAUCACAUAACUAUUGUUGGUGAUGAUGAUCAGUCCAUCUUCGGUUUUAACGGGGCGGACAGUUCAGGAUUUGAUUCAUUUCGCCGAAAUUUCCCAAAUUACAAAGAGGUCCGACUGAUAAAAAACUAUCGAUCUUCCCGCCAUAUUGUGGAAGCUGCAUUUUCUAUUAUAAAAAACAAUACGAAGCGGUGCCAAUCUAAAAGCAUAUCGUCUGAAAACUCUCAGGGAUCUAAGAUUACUGUCAAGGAAUGCCAUAACGAGGAAGCACAGUGUGCAUUUGUUAUUGACAAAAUAAUUGAAAUCACGAAUGAUGGCUCAACACCUUGUUGCUCCCAUGGAGAUAUUGCCAUCUUGUAUAGGAGGCAGGUGUCAGGUAAAGUCUUUCAAAAUGCAUUCCGGCAGAGGAAAAUACCAUUCAACGUUCAUGGUGUAGCUUUCUACAGGAAAAAGGUUGUGCGGAUCAUUUUGGCCAUGCUGAGAACAACAUUUUCCGAAUGUGAUGAUCUUUCGUAUCGACGAGUGUUUAAGGCAUUACUUCCUUUUGAGAAAGAGGAAAAGAAAAGGGUUAUAGAUCAUAUUGACAAAAUCUCCACUAGUAGGAAAUGCAGCUUCAUUUCAGCUGCAACUGAUAUCUUCAGUGCCAAAAUUUCUGGUACCUUCAAGAGGAACCAGCUUACCCAGGGACGUAAAGUGUUGCAAACUCUUAACAUGGUAGCAAAGCUGGUUGAUAGGGAACAAUCACUUUCAGCUGUAGUAACAUGUGUGGCAAAUAUGAUACCACAGAAAUACCUUCUUGAGCAACGAGCAGUUGUGGAUAACGAUGGGGGAAAACUGCUUAAUGAAGACAACGAUCUUAGAUCUGUUCUCCAGUACUUAAUGGAUGAUGUAGCGGAGUUUCUUUCCACUCAUUGCACCACAACUGGAGAAGAAGUGGAUGCAGUCAAAGAAAAGAAAGGCUGCAAUCAACUUAACUCAUUUAUCAACUAUAUCUCUGAGCGCGAAACUGAAAAUUUUCGUCUAAGAAGACAUGACAAUCAAAAUUCUGUCACAUUAACCACCAUUCAUCAGUCUAAAGGUUUGGAGUGGGACGUAGUUUUCAUAAUCAAGGCUAAUGAUAACGAGAUUCCCCUAUUGCAUGAGUCUAACGGUACUGCAUCGGAGGGUGGAACAUCACUUGAGGAAGAGCGUCGCCUUCUGUAUGUUGCUAUGACUCGUGCUCGCAAGAAAUUAUUUUUCUUGUACGUGACAGUGGAUUCGAACUGGCAGGUGCUCCAACCCUCACGGUUUCUUACAGAGAUUCCGAGCCAUCUUCUACAGGGAGACCUGAGCACAAAUGACUGCAGAAAAGUUCAUCAAAACCUUCCAAACAAGACUGAGCAGAGUGUGUCCGAUUUUGGAACAGAAUUAAAGCAUGAAGAUAAUAAACCAACCGAUAACAAUAUGAUGAACAUUCCAGUAGAUGAUGCUACCGAGGAGUCAAUAGAAGCCGCAUGUGCACUCAAUGGGAACAAUUUCCUUAAGAGAUUUGAUGUGGAGGUUAGAUCAGUUGUCUCUCACUUAUUUCACAUCUGGGCUAAGAAACAAGCAUUCCAGGACCCGAAGAGGCUGAUUGACAAAGUAAGGUUUGUGAUUGGUGAACGUUUGGCCAUCAAGAAGGAGAAGCACAAGGAUGUCUUACGAGCACUUAAAUCAUCAUUGACUUCCGAUGAAGCGUUCCAAUACGCAGAACAUGUACUUAGGUGGGAACAACUUCCUGCAGACACACGAGCUCAUAUAAUGCGAGAGAAACAGGAGCAUUUCCAGAAACUCAGAAUUGAAAAUUCAAUGGGCACAUCGGAAGCAACAAGUAAACAGAUCUCGUUUCUGCAUAGUCUAGGAUGCACGGUGGUCCCAACAUCACGUCUCCAUGCCUCCCGUUUGAUCGAGCAGUACAAAUCAUUGUGAGAUUGUUGAUGUAUAGCUUCAGUUCGUCAAUAUGAUAAAAUUAUGGAGCCUGGAAAUGAUUUCGAUUUCCAGAUGGGAGAAAGGUAUAUUGUGAUUUUCAUUCUCCCAUUAGUUAGAAGUCUGAAACAAACAGUUAAUGAUGUAACUCCAGCUUAUAUCUUUUAGUACUCAUCUCUCCGAGAUGCCACAUUUGAACGAGUUUAUGAGAUAAGAAGACUUUAUGUUUUGUAUA